GCUUCUUCCGACCCACCCCCAAUGGGUCUAUUUAAAGAGAACCAGCUUUCCUCAGGUCCGCUUUCUCAGCAUAGGCGGUGCGCUUCGCGAACGAAGAGACCCGACUGUCUGCCCUUAGUUUUCUCAAAAAAGUUUUCUUACCGGUUUUGUUUCAAGACCCUUAUUUUCUAAGUUUGUGUACGCAGUCUCAGCUCCAGUGAGAGAUGGCAGCACACGUGGAGACCCAGCAAUUAAAUGCCACGGAAGGCAGUUCCUAUCCAGCAGCUGUCAGUCAGGGCUAUGUUUUACCAGAAGGAAAAAUCAUGCCAAACACAGUCUUCGUUGGUGGAAUUGAUAUAAGGAUGAAAGAAGCGGAAAUUCGGAGUGUCUUUGAACAGUAUGGUACUGUGAAGGAGGUGAAGGUCAUCACUGACAGAACUGGUGUUUCAAAGGGGUAUGGAUUUGUGUCUUUCCUGGACAAUGUGGAUGUUCAAAAGAUAGUUGAGUCACAGAUCAACUUCCAUGGUAAAAAGCUGAAACUGGGGCCAGCAAUCAGAAAACAGCAGAACCUAAAUUCCUGUGUGCAUCCCAGACAAUUAGUUCUUGGUCCUCCUGCACCACAGUUCCAGAGUGUUUGGGGUAGUCAGAAUGUGGAGACCUACGUGCAGCCUCCAGCUGUCAUGAACCCAGUAACACCCUAUGUUCAGCCCUAUCCGUACAAUUCAUCACCAGCUGUAGUGCUAAAGCAACAAGUUCCCAUGGGGUAUCAACCAGCUUACAACUAUCAGGCUCAACCACAGUGGCUUGCUGGGGAGCCAAGAAAUUAUGUAAUACCUCAAACUCCGGUGUAUGCUUCAGUGAACUAUCAUAGCCCUGAGGAUCCAGGAUUUCUACCGUUGGAAUGUGCUGGUCCAGAGCCCACGCAGUUGCCUAGCAGCCCACAAAAGAAGUCUGUGGACAGGGGCAUGCAAACUGUAUUAUCCUGUUUGUCUGAUCCUGAGAACCAGCUGACGAAUGACCUUGUAGCACAAGACAAUGUAAAGGAGAAUAAGACAUACCACUUCAGAAAAGGAAAGACAGUACACAAAACCGUUUGAUCAACCAAGACUUCAAAGUAUCUAAAUUAACUAGAUGGUAUAGAGUUCAAUUUAGCAAUGCAGAGUAUAGCAUUUCUCAGUGUUACUUCAAGUUAUGUUUGUGCUCAUGUUCAUACUGUUAUUGUUGCUUGACAAGUUUGAAGUUGUAAGCUGACAAACUUCAGUGUUACUGUUUGUUGCUUCCUGUGAUAACUGACUGGAAUGUUAAUUUGUUUGCUGUAAGGAUUUUUCUCUGAGCUUUAAGGUACAGUUUGCAUAUUGCACAUGGUUUUUCAUUAACUACAAUAUGACUUCACAUUGACCAGUUAACUCCUGCAGUUUAGAAAUGGAAGUAGUUAUUUGCCCAAGCGAAUGUAUUUUAAGACUGAGCUCUUUAAAUCAGUGCAAGAGAAGAUGAGAAGUUUGAACUGAGCUGAAGCCCUGUAAGUCCUGGUUGCCUUUAGACGACAUAAUCAAUGUGAUUAUGUUCAUUGAUGACAGUCUAUGUACCUGCAGUCUUGAGUAUCACUUAUAUUUUUGGGUAAGUAAUAAAGAAUCCUCAAAUUCCUGUACGUAACUUAAAAAGCAAGAAUGUUACCUGUAUUGGACACUGUCAGCCAAUACAAGAUUUUUUUACGUGAAAAAUCUUAGCAAUACCUGUAUUUUAAACUUCUGAGAAAAUACUGCACUUAUUUUCUUUGCAUGGCAUAACAGAGGCUUAUAUGUGUGUGACUGUUUUAAAAAUCAUGUAGAUUUUAGGUGUGUAUUGUGAAACAGUGAAAUAAAUUUUUACUUUGCCUUUGUUUCCU